CGACGUGGCGGGGCGGGACCCGCCCGGCGCUCCCGCGCGCACUCGGCCGCCGGAGCGAUAUUAAAAUGUCUGACGAUGCCGGUGACACCUCAGCCACUGGAGACAAAGCAGAAAUUACCAAGAUGCCCAAUAGCAAGUUUUUACCCAAAGAGACAGAAGCACACUGUGAUUCAGCUACAAUUCCAAAUGAGCCAACACCAGCUGACGCCACAGAAGAUGGGCAUGAAAAUGCAACCAUUCAGUGUGCAGAGACUGCAAACACCCAGCACCCUGAGUCCCAACACUCCAGUGCCACACAGCAUCCCCCCAAUGGAGAAGUGACUGAGGAUGCGCUUGCUGAAUGCAUUGACUCCGUCAGCCUCGAGGCGGAACCUGGAUCUGAAAUACCCCUGAAAGAGCAGAGUAAUCCGGCUGUGGAUUCCCCAUCACAUGGAGGGGGAUGGGCAGGCUGGGGCUCCUGGGGCAAAUCUCUGCUCUCAUCAGCAUCUGCCACAGUAGGUCAUGGAUUGACAGCAGUCAAGGAAAAAGCAGGAGCCACACUACGGAUUCAUGGUGUAAACUCCAGCUCUUCUGAAGGGGCCCAACCUGAUACCGAAAGUGGAGUCCCUCAAACAGAUGUGGCCACAGAUCAGAGUCCCACAGAAAGCCCACCCACUUCUCCCUCAUCCGGGUCUCGGGGCAUGCUGUCCGCCAUCACCAAUGUGGUUCAAAACACAGGUAAAAGCGUCUUAACGGGCGGUCUGGACGCUCUGGAAUUCAUUGGUAAGAAAACCAUGAAUGUCCUUGCGGAGAGUGACCCAGGCUUUAAGCGGACCAAGACACUCAUGGAGAGAACCGUUUCCUUAUCUCAGAUGUUAAGAGAAGCCAAGGAGAAAGAGAAGCAGAGGUUGGCCCAGCAGCUCACGGCCAAGAGGACCGCACACUACGGGAUGCUGUUUGAUGAGUAUCAAGGUUUGUCACACCUGGAAGCCCUGGAAAUUCUGUCCAAUGAAAGUGAAAGCAAGGUUCAGUCAUUUUUAACAUCGCUUGAUGGAGAGAAGCUGGAACUCUUAAAAAACGACCUAAUUUCCAUUAAAGACAUCUUUGCAGCCAAAGAAUUGGAGAAUGAAGAGAAUCAAGAAGAACAAGCCUUAGAAGAAAAGGGAGAAGAAUUUGCUAGCAUGCUUACAGAGCUUCUCUUUGAAUUACAUGUUGCAGCCACGCCUGACAAACUCAAUAAGGCCAUGAAGAAGGCUCAUGACUGGGUGGGAAAAGAUCAAGCUACCGUAUCAGUAGAUAUGGCAGAAGAGGCAGAGGAGAACACCAAAAAGGAAGAAAAGGAAGAGAAACCAGAAAAUCCCGAAGAAGACAAAAAGGAAGAGAGAAGAACUAAGACAGUUGAGGAAGUAUACAUGCUGUCCAUCGAAAGUCUGGCAGAAGUAACAGCACGUUGCAUUGAGCAGCUGCAUAAAGUAGCAGAGUUAGUUCUUCAUGGGCAGGAAGAGGAAAAACCAGCUCAGGACCAAGCAAGAGUUCUGAUAAAAUUAACUACUGCAAUGUGUAAAGAAGUGGCCUCCUUAUCAAAGAAGUUUACGAGUUCUUUAACCACUGUUGGGAGCAACAAGAAGGCUGAGGUUCUUAACCCCAUGAUCAAUAGUGUAUUGCUAGAGGCAGCAAGUGUUAUUCCAGUUCUAAAUCUUAUCAUCAACAGUCGCUUUUGAGCACAUUUGUGUAGCUCAACCAGCUGUAAACCCUUGGGUGAAGCAACAAUACCUAAUUUUCAAGAAUUCCUGAUUAUAAAGAGAAACGCUAAGCUUGCACGUUAUUUCUGUUGCUGUUUCCUCCAGCAGAAGCACAUUUCUGCUGCCAAGUUUGACACCAGAUUUAACACUGUGAUUAUUGGCUGCAAUGAGGGAUUCUUGCUCAAUGGUGAUUUUUGUAAAAAUGAGCCCUUGUCUCCAUUCACGAUCACCUUUGGUUUAGCCGGGUCUAAGCUUUAGACUAACAAUAUUGACAAGUUGACUGUUUAGCCUCUGUCUGUUCAGUGACCAGAGGCACUGUCCUCAGAGAUCACUCACUCCCUGGCCUGUCGGCUCACCAGGACUUUGUAACACUGAUACGAAGCUGUCCCGAUACUGCUGUGGUUUUACCAGAAGCCAGUGACAGAAGAGAGAAGAGGCCCCGGAGGCCACAUUCCUGAGUCAUAGUCACGGUGUCCUACCUGUGGCUGGUGGAGGAAAACCUUCCAUCAGGGGCCCAGCUAUAAGGACCUGGCACAUCUAUAGCCCCAGGGCACCCAGCUGAAGCCACGGGUAUUAACCAGUUUGAACACGGGCAAAUGCAUAUACAGUUUUUUGUUGUCUGAAGUAGCUGUCAGUUGCAGCGUUUGGAAAUUACCAAAUACAAGUCAGGGAAGGCUACCUAUAUAUUUAUAAUGUUUGUAGAAAUUGUGCCUUACUGUUAGGGAAAACUACCAAGGUACAAAAGUAACAAAGUGGUGACAUCAAGUGUUACCAUUUAGGACACAGCCACGCAGUGGGAUGAAGUCAACCAGAAGGGACAAGGAGCUAUAGGGGCAGGUUCUGGAGGACACAGCUAAGAGGAAAGCCAGGCAGUCAGAUGCAGAAUAUGGAACAAGAAAAUGUCUCCCCUGGCCACCCAGAAGGCAUCGGCAGAUUAAUUUACUAUGUCAGUCAUGAAGAAUAUGAAGUCAAGUGUUUAUUUAUUUCCCCGGUGGGAGUUUUCUUAUGUUUUAGUGACCUGAAACAUUACAUAGCCUCUCGACCGACCGCGGUAUGCAAGAAUACCACAGAGCUUUGCUUCACUAUAUGCUAACUAAUUUGGAUGUAAAUUUUAAAAAAUAAAAAAUAAAGUUAAAAAAAUUCUUAAAAAAAAAAAUACCACAGAGCAUGAAUGACAACAUCAAAUAUCCAAACCAAGUAGAAGGUACCCAUAUGCAUUCAAGGAUUUGCCAUGAAUGAUUACACAGUACUAUCUCCAGUUCGCUUUAUGUAGCCCAUUCCUGUUUAUUCAUCUCUAGGUUAGGGCAAACUAGAGCUUCCUUCAUACUGUGCUUUUGUGUUAUUUUAGGACAGUGGGGUUGGUCUGGGAGAGGAAUAGGGAAGACUGGAUAUAUUUGGUCAUGAAUAUACACAUAUCGAUGUAGCCUCAAAGUCCAUGGAAAUGACUUGCCUCAUGUGAAGUGAAUUCUUCUAUUAGUAUAGAUAAUUAAGAGCUGAACACAUUUCAUCCAAAGGACUGUGUUUACAAUUGCCUUAAGCCCCAACAUUAAAGGAAAAAUAUUUUAAAAUAUUGUGAGGUUUGCAAGGAGGGACCAUUAUCAAACUGGAAGGAUUGUCCAGGUUGAACUCUGCAAACAACCCUUG